AUGUCGGAGUGCGACGUGGAGAUAUUCUUCGACUACAUAAUUGAGAUAGAAGAGGUGAAGUUGCAGGACGCCUCGAGGAAGACCUAUGAGUCGUUUAUGCAGAAGGUACGAGAAGGGGAAAACAAAGAGGUGCGUUUGCUUGUGUAUAACUGCCGACAUGAUAAACUGAAGGAGGUGCAUGUGAGGCCAAGGAGGUGGAGCGGAAAGGGGUUACUAGGUAUGAACAUCAGUUAUGAAAAGGCAAAUACAAUGAAGGAAGGAAUUGAAAUUGUAAGUAUCGAGGAUGGUUACUCAGAUGUUAAGAAUAGAAUUGCACAGGAGGAAGACGUGAUCAUAGGGCAUGAGGAGAAUAUCCUUCGGAAUUGCGAUGAGCUUUGUAAAUUUGUGGAGGCUACUUUGUCUAGCGAUGUUAAGGGGGAGAAGACUUCUCCAGUGGAGGUACCGUUUUAUGUGUACAAUAGGAAGAGGGGAGACGUGAGGAAGGUUAAAAUGGAGGUGGACCUCACGUGGGGAAGGCAUGGACUGGUCGGGUGUCAAGUGGGUGAAGUGGAUGCUUCGCUUGUCGAGGGGAGGGGCACCCCCGCCGAGCAUGUUAACACCGCGGAGUGGGCUAAGGAUUUACCUGGUAAGCCGCUCGAAAGGAGUUUAGAGCUAUCUGGGGGAAGUCACAACAGCAUUCGCUUUAGCUGGAGUGAAGCGAAUGGAGAAGAGGCCGAGGGGGAAGACUCAGGGCGACCCAACUAUGGCAGGUUCAAUACGGACUACAGUAGAGACGGCAGCGGUGCGGGCGAGUUUGCGACUUCGCUCGGGAGAGCAUUGGAAAAAUCACCUCCUGGUGCAGAGUACCAGAAGACGGUCGGGGCGCAGAGCUACGCCUUGAGCUCCACGAUGGACGUUGAGGAUCAGGGGUGCGCGGGGGGCAACCAGGGGAUGAGCGCGGACGACGUGCUGUCUGAUGUAUCUUCAGGAGGGGGGAAGCAAUCACAAGAUGACGGAGGCACCCCCGAAGAGAGGUACGAAAAGUAUGUACAGGGUAUGAAAACAUACAGCAAGGAAAUCUUAGAGGUUCAUAAAGACAUGGAAGAGAAUGGUAGGCUCUUGGAGGAGCUGAAAAUACGCACUCUGAAGCAUUUUUCCAUGGGGGAGGAAGUUGGUUGGUGA